GUUUGACAGCACUCAGAGAUGCAUCUGUCAAUAGCAAUACAUUUGAGUUAGAUAGCUCAGCAAAACAGAACGUCUAUGUACACUACGAGUAGUAUGUGUGGGGAGUUAAGCACGCACGCAAUGGGUGUAUUCAAUGCAACUCUAUAGCAAAUAUCCGCAAUACCCCAAUAGGAUUGUUUACUGAAACAUCUCAAGUUAAUUAUUGGUGUUUCUAUACACUAACCAUCGUCCCCUUUCCUAGAUAGGUCAAUUUAUCCUCUAUGUUUAGAGUCUUACGUCCAGUGCCGUCAUUAAUCGUUGCAUCGAACAGACGGCUGGCUUCCGGCACGAAACGAAUUACGAAGGUGUCCCUAAGGUUAGCCGACAAAAACUUUACCCACUAAGAUCACGGCGACAGUUCAAUUUAUCCCACCAUAGUUGAUCUUUAAGAUACGAGGCCACAUGCAAAGUGAAGCAAAAUGGCUUUUCUCCUCAUCUGAGCUACAAGACCUUUCUUUUUUACUUUUUUUUUAUUUGGCAUAAUGGACACAGUAAUUUUUUAUUCUAUUUUAAAAUUGUAUUGCGAAAGAUAGUAGAGACGCCAACAGCAUAGAUUCGAAACAAUUAAGCGCUAUUCGCUAAGCAAUUCAUUGACUACGGGUGUCCAUUCGGUUGGUAGAGGUAUUCUACGUGAGGGAAGCAGGUAGAUUGGGCUGACCUGGUCUUGCAUGAAACAUAAAUGCUUGCCUCCACUUUGCACCUUAACAGUAUAGAGACUUCUGAUAGGGUUAAAGGUGGAUCUUCUCGUGCGACCAUAAACGCGUACGUUGAAAUUAAUAAACCAUAUAUAAUAAUUUGUAUGGCAAAUAUAAUAUGAUCGGUUAUUGACCGUCUGUUGGUUAUUGUGGUCUGCCGGGCAAAUGCUGCGGUUUGCUAUCAAACGCUGCUGUUGGAAAUACUCUCCUUCAUCGUCGAUUGCAGCUGGAAUGGCGGCGUUCCAGUUGUUUGCUCGCUUGCUGGUUUGUGGCUGGUGCCAAUCGGCCCGCAAAAGUAUAAGUAGGUGUAACGACUGGUCCCCGCUGCAGCGCUUCUCUGCACGGGAGUGAGUGCCUGUGUGGUUGCUAACCUGUUUAGCGUCGCGUUGAGUGAGGAGCCUCGUCGAGAAGUGGUAGCGGCUGCCGCCAUGAGCAGGCCAACCGGCCGAAGCGCUGCGUCGGCGACGGCAGCGGGGUACCAGCAGCGUUUAAUAGCAAUCGUAACUGCAAUACUGGUUUAGCUACAGCAGUCUUUCUGCGGGAUCAGCAACGGCCAGAGGUGGCAAGCAAGUGGACGGCCCUGCGUCACGACUUCUGCUCUUCCUGCUGACACAGCUUCUGGAACUGUUACAACGAUAGUGACCGACUCUUUAGUAUUUCUACCAGCUGCCGCUGGCCAGAACUACGCACGAAUGGAACAACGGCAAAACAUGAUAACCGACGAAUAGUGAUUGCUAGAAGCCCUUUGCUGCAGUUACGAGUACAACUAGUCCAACGUAGAUGUUGACGUCGAAUGGAGGCAAAGGGACAACGCAUAAAAAAGGAGAGGCCAGAGAGACAGCCAGUUCUGCCUGUAUUACGGUGACCGGCAGGUAGGUAGCAGUAGCAGCUGACGCUUAGCGGCUGACGCCACGGCAUGAGGAAAACCACCACAAGCAACGCAGCCAAUGCGGACUGUCGGAUUAUCGGGCGACUGCUACAGUAAUCGGCACUCGGGCCCCAAGAACCAUUGAACAGUGGAUCAAACACUUACCACUUCUUCGGAUCCGCCAUCAUUUGGAGACUAGUGAACACCACGCUAAUGUUAAGCCAUUAAUCGGCCAGCUAAAGCUGUAAACACACCAUAAAGCGGCUACCGCCCCCGAAUUUGUGCAAAAAGGAAAUUCUAUUACUACCUCUUCUACCACGUUCAUUCGCUAUUGCGGACCACGUGGUGGUUAACGUCAGGCGUUGUUACUUCGUGAAUAAAAUGGCUGUUUACUAAUUGUGGACACUGAAUACUUAAAUAGUCGUGGCCCUUGCACGUGGUUCUUUGCAGUUUUAGAAGCCGUUAAGAUCUGUAGGGUGGCCUUUGAGGACAGAGGCGCAGCCCUAUCAGCGAGAAAGCGGAGAGGACCUUCGUAAAGUUAAGAAUCACCGGCCUUCUGGCGAUCCGUUUAGUCCGCAAUAGUUGCUCAAUAGACCUAUUCAGCUGCCACAAGAGUUAGGCCGGAUCUCGUAUAUUCAUUUAGUGGGACAGCAGCUGGACGAGUAACGGGUCAAUAACGUCGACCGGCAAACAUAUGCAUUAAUGUGAAGGUGCGCCCUGUAAGCAUCAUGUCAUGAAUUUAUAUCGUUAGUCGAUCAGAAGCUUCUGUGCGUGUUAAGUGUACAAAAUGAAACAAGUGUUAGAAAAACUAUUAUUUUUGUGUAAAUAAAAACAAUAAGCAGGACUUUUUCUGAUCGACAUGACAGAGACGGACUAAAAAAAGAGGUUUUUGCUACGGUUUGAAAUCCAGAAGUGCGGAGGUUCAAGCACGAGAUACAGAACGAUGUCGUCAGACGAAGAUGAGGAGAUGGUCGAACGCAAUGGCUGUUAUCCCGGUGAUUCCACGGGCGUCUUGACUAACUUGUUGUUCGGAAAUGUUAAUGCGGAGGGCGCCCUUGAAGAUGAUAUUUUCGACGAUCAGGCUCGACGGAGCCUCCACCAGCUAACUCAGAUGGGGGUUGGAGGUCUUGUCCGUGAGCUGGCCGAGGAAUGCCAGGAAGAAACUGAGGUCGACUACACACAAGGAGAAAAGUCUGCUGCGGCGGUUGACUAUUCGGACGAAACGGAGUUGGCGGACGAACAGCUUGAGGCCGACGACAAAUCGCGUAUUCCGAAGGCCCAUCGUGGUGAGGCGUUUGAGGGCGGCGGCCAACGGAAUGGAACUGGCGCUGGGACCGGACAAGCGCCAGAUUCAUCGCCGGUAACAGCUCCAUUAUUGGAGGAGAAGGAAAAGGAUGAUAAGGAAAAGAAAAUGACGCCAGAAGAACCGAAGCUGGAAAUCAGUAAUAAGUACGAAAGUGCGGGGGAGCCACCUGCAAACGCCGACGACGCCAACGCCAAAGCCAGUGACAACAAUCACACCGAUGACAUUGAGAAUCAUGACAAAAGUGUAAACGAUGCGAUGAUUAAUACUCCUUUGGCUCGUAUGCUGCCUGAAAAAUAUCGUCAUGCUGAUGUAACCCGCUUAUUCCCACACUUCCGUCCUGGUAAAGUGUUACGAUUUUCGCGUCUCUUUGGCCCCGGUAAAGUUAAUAGCCUUCCACAGAUUUGGAGAGGCGUGCGUCGACGACGCAAGAAAAGAAAGCACGAAGAUGCCUCUAUCAACCAGGAGGAGCGUGAGGUGGUGCUUGAUAUACUGGACAGCGAUAAUGUGCCUCUGGAAAUGUUGGAACCCUCGGAAGCGGUGGAUUUCGAUGCAAAAGACGAGGAUGAGGAAAAGCGCGAAAAGGUCAAAGAAGACGAGGAGAGAACAACUCAAGAUUCUGGACAGCCCGUAGUCGCCGAUUUUCGCUUCGGACCUGCGCAGUUGUGGUACGAUAUGUUUGGGAUAGGCGAAACGGGAGAUACCCUUGAUUAUGGCUUUAAACUAAUUCCUGAAGAGGAGAACAAAAAUAUGGAUAAGUACCCGCAUUUAAAGCAGUUCGAACCUUCUGAAGAGCAUAGUGACAUCCCAGAAGAUGCUUUCCUAAUGGUGACGCAGCUACCAUGGGAAGACGACAUCAUCUGGAAUGCUGAUGAUCAUAAGCAUAAAGUAAACACCACAGGCAAAGGUGGAGUUCAUGCUGCAGGUUGGGUGCCUUCAAUCCAAAAUCGUACGUUUUCACAGCAAAAGCCGCCCCCAAUGCCCACUUUAACCCCACUACAGCCAGAGAAAAAUGGCCAUUUCUCAGCUGCAAACCAGAAAUCGCACCAGAUUGCCCAAUCAGCAUUGCAAAAAGCUGCUGCAGCGAAGGGCGUCAAACCAAAUACUGGUGAAGAUACAACGUGGUAUUCGAUUUUUCCAGUAGAGAACGAAGAGUUGGUCUAUUCACCCUGGGAAGAAGAGGUAAUUUGGGAUGCACAGGCUAUGAUUAAGGUUCCAGCACCUCAGAUGCUUACGCUUGACCCGAACGAUGAGAAUAUUAUACUUGGCGUGCCUGACGAUCCUGACCCGGCGAAGAUGCGUGAGCCGCAAACACAAAUAAAAGAAAAGAAGAAUCCUAACAAGGACCCACUGAGGAAAUCUAGAAUUCUUCUGGGUAAAGCUGGUGUAAUAGCCGAACCUGAACCCCAGAGUCCACAGCCUCCAAAGGAACAAGAUCAAAAGGAUCCAUACAAUAUUUCAAACGAUGAAUUUUACAACCCGCGCCAAGCACAAGAUUCAGCUCUUAAACCGAAUGUAGGCGGCAAUCUCAUUCAACACUCAAUACCUGCUAUCGAGCUGCGGCAGCCGUUCUUUCCGACUCACAUGGGGCCACUCAAGUUGCGCAGUAUCCAUCGGCCGGCGCUCAAACGCUUUUCCCAUGGACCUUUGGCGUUGCCUGGCCCACACGGCGUUAUUUCAUUGCUUAAAAAUAUUCGACGGAAACAAAAGGAACGCGACGCCGAGCGCCAAGCCAGUGGCGGCGGUGAAAUGUUCUUCAUGCGAACGCCCGAGGAUUUAUCUGGCAAAGAUGGUGAAUUGGUGCUAACCGAAUACAGUGAGGAGCAUCCACCUUUGGUCAUGCAAAUUGGUAUGGCUAGCAAGAUAAAAAACUACUAUAAGCGUAAACCAGGGAAAGAUCAUGCACCUGAUUUACCAUUCGGGGAGAUGGCCUUAGCCCACACUUCACCGUUCCUUGGUCAGUUAGCGCCGGGCCAAUGUCAGCCCGCAUUCGAGAACAAUCUGUUCAGAGCUCCGAUGUUUGAGCAUCGAAUGUCCAAAACAGAUUUUCUUAUUAUUCGAACGAGACAACAUUACUACGUCCGAGAAGUUGAGACUAUUUUUACAGUCGGACAGGAACUUCCGCUUUAUGAGGUUCCUGGUCCAAACUCUAAGAGAGCAAAUAACUUCAUCAGGGACUUUUUACAGGUGUUCAUCUAUCGGCUCUUUUGGAAAUCCCGUGACCACCCGAGACGUAUUAAGAUGGAAGAUAUUCGCAAGGCAUUCCCCAAUCAUUCAGAGAGUUCAAUCCGUAAGCGAUUAAAGCAAUGUGCCGAUUUCAAACGAACGGGUAUGGACUCGAACUGGUGGGUUCUCAAACCCGAUUUUCGGUUGCCAACCGAAGAUGAAAUACGAGCAAUGGUCAGUCCUGAGCAGUGCUGCGGCUAUUAUUCGAUGUUGGCUGCCGAGCAGCGCUUGAAGGACGCUGGUUACGGGGAGAAAAGUCUUUUCACAGCUGACGAAGAGAACGAGGACGACCUACAAAACAAAAUCGAUGAUGAAGUAAAGACAGCACCGUGGAACUCCACGAGAGCGUUCAUUCAAGCCAUGAAGGGAAAAUGCCUUUUGCAACUGGCCGGUGUGGCCGACCCAACGGGUUGCGGUGAAGGUUUCUCGUAUGUGCGCAUUCCAAAUAAACCGGUGCAGUCAAAGGAUGAAGAGCGCAAAGAGGCUGUUAAGAAGACGGUGACAGGAACUGACGCGGACUUGAGACGAUUGUCGCUUUCAAAUGCUAAAAGUAUAUUACGUAAAUUCGGUGUGCCUGAAGAUGAGAUCAAAAAGCUUUCACGUUGGGAAGUCAUUGAUGUGGUCCGAACAUUGUCUACUGAACAGGCGAAGGCCGGAGAGGACGGGAUGGGGAAAUUCGCUCGAGGAAAUCGUUUUUCAAUUGCAGAACACCAGGAAAGGUAUAAGGAAGAAUGCCAACGGCUGUUUGAACUGCAAAACCGGGUUCUGUCAUCACAAGAAGUUCUAUCAACAGAUGAAGAAAGCAGCGCAGGAGAAGAAGAGAGCGACGAAGACAUUGAAGAAAUGGGAAAGAACAUUGAAAAUAUGCUCGCCAACAAGAAGACGUCAAGUCAGUUGAGCCAUGAAAAAGAGGAGGCCGAGCGACGUGAACUGCAAAAACUCAUCAUGGGCGAUGACGGACAACGAGGAAAAGGGGGUCUUAAAGACAAGAAGGAUGAUGAAAAAGAUGGCACCCCGAAAAUCCUCAAAAUUUACCGAACUUUUAAAAAUAGCAAAGGAAAGGAGUAUGUUCGCAUUGAGACUGUGAGAAAGCAGGCAAUUAUUGAUACGUACGUAAGAAUCCGUGAGACCAAGGAUAAAGAAUUCAUACGUCAAUUUGCAAUGUCUUUGGACGAAAGCCAGAAAGAGGAAAUGCGCAAGGAGAGGCGACGUAUCCAAGAACAACUGCGUCGCUUGAAAAGAAAUCAGGAACGCGAAAAGCUUGGCCCCAAUGCACCGUUAACACCUUCUAGAAAGCGGUUUAAAAAGGACGCGCCUCAGUUGAAACUUAAGUGUGGCGCCUGUGGACUUGUCGGCCAUAUGCGAACGAAUAAGGCUUGUCCCAAGUACAUGGACCCGCUUGCCGAAGAUGGCAGUCCACAAGAGGUUCGAGAAGAUGAGGAACCAGAAAUUGAAGAAGAGGACGAGCCUGAUAGCUCUAUGGCCCUUCAAGAAGAUAACCUCGUCAAGGUAGACGAGACCCGAGUAGUCCUGUCUAAGACUCUCAUACAGCACGCUGAUGAGCUACGCCGCAAGAGUCUCGUUCUGAAAAUUCCAAAAGUACCGAAGCCGGCUCGUCGCUCGCGUGUAACUACCAGCACGACACAGCAAUGCGACUAUCUACGCAAACCCGCUCAGUCAGCUAAUCGCCGUAGGACCGAUCCACUUGUCACGUUGUCGUCCACCUUCGAAUUGAUCCUGAAUGAGAUGCGUGAUCUGCCCGAUACUCAACUUUUUGCGCAUCCAGUUAACUCCAAGGCUGUACCUGACUAUUACAACAUCGUGCAGCGACCAAUGGAUCUUCAAAAGAUUCGUGAAAAGCUGCAUGACCAUGCCUACCAUGCACGAGAGGAAUUCCUCGUUGAUGUUAACCAGAUCGUUGAGAAUAGCAAGUUGUAUAAUGGUCCAAAAAGCCCACUUACCCACGCCGCCGAGCGAAUGCUCGAACUUUGCUGUAAAAGAUUCGCCGAAAAGGAGGUAGCACUCAUGCGACUGGAGAAGGCGAUCAAUCCUCUGUUGGACGAUAAUGAUCAAGUGGCACUGAGCUACAUUUUGGAGAAUAUUGUCGAGCAUUCUCUAAAGACGAUCCCCGAGUCUUGGCCCUUCCACAAGCCUGUCAAUAAAAAGUUUGUCAAGGACUACUACGAGGUGAUCAAAAAACCGAUGGAUUUAGACACCGUUGUGGCAAACGCUAAGGCACAUAAAUAUCACUCAAGGCAUGAGUUCCUGGCAGACAUUGAGCUCAUGUACACAAACUCUGUUCAGUUUAACGGUGUUGACUCUCCGUUUACAGUCAAGGGCAAGGAAAUUGUUGAGCGCUGUAUUGAAAUUCUCAAUGAACAAGAUGGCCAGCUUAGCGCUCUGGAAAAUGCGAUCAGCAUGACGUUGGAAGCUGCCGAAACAGAUUCGCUAAACGCAUCGCGUCACGGCGAUGCUGCCAAAGGCGAAGAAGAAAUGGUUGACGUGGAAGGCGAGGGUCAGGAUGACGACUACCCCGAAGGAAUGGAGGAGGGAGAUUUUGAAGGGGACACAGAACAUGAAACAGAACCAAAUGAGCUGGACACGGCAGAACAAGAGGCAAACAAUCCGGAGGGUCCAGACGGCAGCGAGCAGGAACAGCAGAACAAUCUCGGUCAGGAUCUCGAGAUGACGCCGGACAAUUCACCUGACCACUCUGACCACGAUGACAAUGCCUCACACUAUUCUGACGACGAUAACCGGGGCGUGCUACUGACGCGAAGUGGGUUCCAAGCUGCCAACAACAACCCGAGCACUCAACAAGAAGAUGAAGAGAUGAUUGACGAAAAUUACGAUCCUUCGGAAUUUCUACUGCAGGGUGACUUCCAGUUUCAGAACAACCAAAACCAAAAUGCAAACGGCCAACGUCCUAAUGACGAUCAGCAACAACAGGCCGGCGACGAUGAAGAUGUUGAAGAGGCCGCGCAGCAAUCAGGUGAAGAAUUUGACGAGGACGAAGAAGCGGUUAAUAGGCAACAUCGAGAACAACCCUCUGACGCAUUGUAUGACACCGGAGAUGAAUCAAGACAGGAGCCGUGGGCACAGGAUAAUCAGGAUGAUGUAAUAGACUCUGAUGGAGGAGCCAUCCAUAAUGACCUCGUUAUCUCCGAAAGCGAAGAAGAGAGGGAUGCCGAAGACGAGCGUGAAGGCACCAACACCAGGAGAAGUCAGGGCAAUGAGCCUCAGGCAGAUGCCGAAGGCGACAAUGAUGCUGAGGACGGCCACGAAGAUGACGAAGACGACGAUAUUUGGUUCUAAAUUGAAAAGCGACGAUUAAGUAAAAGAAAAAAGUCUAAAAUUUUGCGAAAUUUCUACCGAAGUUUCUUAUCAACGAUCCGUGAUUCUUCUAAAUAAGAUAUAGUACAUAUAAUGUUAUGUGUGAGAAUAGGUGCUGGCGUCUGAAUGCGAUAGACCAGCAUGGAUGGAUCAGCAUGCAAGAGACAAAAAUUGCUUCAAAAAUGUAAUAGUGAGAUAUGUAUUUUUGAAUAAUGAUAAUACAGCAACCGUAGUUAGAUAAAUGUGUAAUGGAUUUGCAAAUGGAUUUUACCCAUAAAACAGAGGGUAGGUACCAUAGCUACCACUCGGUUAAUUGUCUUUGAAGAUUUCGAUUAUACAUGUGACAUAACCACGUUACAGAUUUCCUUGGCCGUGCUGUUGUAUGGACAUAUUGUAAUAUUGCAGAACUGUUGUAUAUACUUGUGAAAAUAGCUAUUUAACUAAGUAAUAAAUUACUCAUAUCCACCAAGAAGGUGAAAACUUCAGCGAUA